AUGGAGUUAGCGAAAGAAUUUGCCGAAGCAGAGGCAAAGUGUCUCCGGGCUAAGAAGACCAGGAUCGAGUUAUUACAAGAACAAACUACAGGCGAAUGUGUCCAUGGUUGUGGGGGGAGGUGGUUAGAAGCAGCUCAGCAAUUAUUGCAAAGGCACAAUAAUACAAAAGAAGAUUAUUGUACCGCAAUUUACACGGCUUUGAGUAAGGGAAGAGGAAAGUACAGAAAUAUCUUUAUUUAUGGCGACACAAAUUGCGGCAAAUCGUUUAUCUUAGCUCCGUUGAAGGUCAUUUAUAAGACCUUUUGUAACCCCGCCACUGGUUCAUUUGCUUGGCUAGGAGCAGAGGACGCGGAGGUAAUUUUCCUCAAUGACUUCCGCUGGCAUCCCAAAAUUAUUGCCUGGGCUGACUUUCUACAGGCUCUGGAAGGCGACACAGUGCACUUGCCGACCCCGAAAAACGUAUGUAGCCGAGGUUUGGAACUAAUUAAAGACACCCCAUUUUUCGCCACCUCUGAUGCUCCUUUGGUUUUAAUUAAAGCUGGAGCAAUUGACAGCACUAACACUCGUAUCAUGAAUGUGAGGUGGAGAUUCUACCACUUUUGGAACCAAAUACCACCCGAGGAACAACAGGAGUUAAUUCCAUGUGGUCGCUGCUUUGCUAAGUUUAUU